AUGACUAAGAUGUUCUCUUUUCUGUUUGCAAUUCUUGUCCUAAAGCUUUCUUUUCUUUUGUGCAGUCCAAUUGACAACCGUUGUUUUUGGAGAUUAAAAACCAAGACAUUUUGGGAAGGAGACAAAGAAAUUGAUUGCUUUUUUUUUAUUUAUACAAGGUUUGGUCAUGUAAAGAAUGAACAGUUCAGUGGGAAUCUAGACAAGCGGUUGACAUCUAAGACUAUCCACUUGAUUUUGACUCUUUAUUUUGCCCUUGAAGAAAUAAACAGGAACCCCCAUAUUCUACCUAACAUUUCACUGCUAGUUAAAAUUGAAUGUAGGCUGCUGGAUGAUUGGAGAAUAAACAGUUUAUCUUCUAAAAGAGAAGAAUAUCUUCCUAACUACUACUGUAUAAAUCAGAGAAGAUAUUUAAUUGUACUUACAGGACCAAUGUGGUUACCAUCUGUCAUAGUUGGGCCACUCCUAUACAUAACUAAGAGGCCAGAGCUUUACUAUGGGCCAUUUCACCCUCUCUUGAGCAACCAAGAACUGAAUCCAUAUCUUUACCAAAUGGCUCCUAAGGACCUAUCUCUGGCACUGGCCAUGGUUUCCUUGCUUGUCCAUUUCAGCUGGAACUGGGUGGGAGCAGUUGUUUCAGAUGAUGACCCAGGUUAUGAAUUUAUCUUGGAAUUGAGAAGAGAAAUGCAAAGGAACAAUUUUUGUUUAGCAUUUGUGAGUAUCAUUGUUAGAAAUAACAAUUUAUUUCUGAAAAGGUAUAAUAUCUAUUACAACCAGAUCAAGAUGUCAUCAGCAAAAGUUGUUAUCAUUUAUGGAGACAAAGACUCUCCCCUACAGAUCAACUUUAGACUAUGGAAUUUAUUUGAUAUCCAAAGAAUCUGGGUCACUACCUCACAGUGGGAUAUGAUCAUAAAUAAUGGAAAAUUCCUCCUUAAUUCUUCCUAUGGUACUCUCAGUUUUUCACAUCACUAUUCUGAAUUAUCUGGUUUUAAAACAUUUAUCCAGACAGCAUACCCUUCAAACUACAGUGAUGACUAUUCUCUUGGUAUAUUAUGGUGGGUGUAUUUUAAUUGUUCUUUGUCAUUAUCUGAAUGUAAGAAUCUGCAAAAUUGUCCAAAGGAAAACAUAUUUAGAUGGUUAUACAGUCACCAUUUUGAAAUGUCUUUGAGUGAUACUACUUAUGACCUAUAUAAUUCUAUGUAUGCUGUGGCUUACACACUCCAACAGAUGCUUCUGAAACAAGCAGAUACAUGGCAAAUAGAUGAUGGAAAAGAACCAGAAUUUGACUCUUGGCAGAUGCUCUCUUUCCUGAGAAAUAUCCGAUUUAUAAACCCUGUUGGUGACAAAGUGAACCUGAAUCAUGAAGAAAAACUGGAUACAAAGUAUGAGAUUCACCACACUUUGACUUUUUUGCCAAAUCCUGUAUUUAAGCUGAAAAUAGGAACAUAUUCCCAAAAUCUAUCACAUGGUCGACAAUUAUAUAUGUUGAAAGAAAUGAUAGAGUGGAACACAGGCCACCAACAGUCUCCAACCUCAGUUUGCAGUAUUCCUUGUAGUCCAGGAUUCAGAAAAUCCCCUCAGCCGGGAAAGCCUGUUUGCUGUUUUGAUUGUACACCCUGCCCAGAAAAUGAAAUUUCCAACAUGACAAACAUGAAUCAAUGUAUCAAGUGUCUAGAUGAUCAGUAUGCCAAUCCUGGAGGAACUCACUGCCUCAAAAAAGUUAUUGUAUUCCUGGGUUAUGAAGAUCCAUUGGGAAUGUCUCUGGCUAUCUUGGCUCUGUGCUUCUCUGCUCUCACAGCUUUUGUACUUAGUAUCUUUUUGAAGCACCAAGAAACACCCACUGUCAAGGCCAAUAACAGAACUCUCAGCUAUAUUCUACUCACCUCCCUCAUCUCUUGUUUUCUCUGUUCCUUGCUCUUCAUUGGUCAUCCCAACUUUACCACAUGUAUCAUGCAGCAGACCACAUUUGCUGUUGUGUUCACUGUAGCUGCAUCUACUGUCUUGGCCAAAACAAUUAUUGUAAUAUUGGCCUUCAAGGUUACUAAUACAAGUAGAAAAAUGAGGUGGCUGCUGGUAUCAGGGGCACCUAAAUUCAUCAUUCCAAUUUGCACAAUGAUUCAACUGAUUCUCUGUGGAAUUUGGCUGGGUACUUCUCCUCCAUUUGUUGAUGCUGAUGGACAUGUUGAAAAAGGCCACAUUUUGAUUUUCUGUAACAAAGGUUCAAUUCUUGCUUUCUAUUGUGUCCUGGGAUACUUAGUCUCCAUUGCCAUUGCAAGUUUCACCCUUGCAUUCUUCGCCAGAAAUCUGCCUGACACAUUCAAUGAAGCCAAGUUCCUAACAUUCAGCAUGCUAGUAUUUUGCAGUGUCUGGGUCACCUUUCUUCCUGUCUAUCAUAGCACCAAGGGCAAGUCUAUGGUGGCUGUGGAAGUUUUCUGUAUAUUGGCCUCUAGUGCAGGGCUGCUUUUUUGCAUCUUUGCACCAAAGUGCUUCAUUAUUUUGUUAAGGCCUGAGAAAAAAUCUUUUCAGAAGUUUCAGAAUAUACAUUCUAAAAUUUAA